CUCUGUCUGCGCUCACUGAAUCCAACAUGGAGUAAUGAGGAGGAGAUGGGGCUCGUCCGGGGCCAUCCUCACCGAAACCAGCGCACCAUUUUCGGUCACCGCAUUCCAGCUCGGGUCGGCGAGGGAGGAGGAAGAGGAGGCGGAAGAAGAAGAAAAAGAAGGAGAAGAAGAAGAAGAAGAAGAAGAGGGGGAAGAAAAGGCGUAGGAGGAGGUGGAAGAGGAGAUCAGAUGCGCGCCUCUUCGGAUGCUCUCCAGUAGGCUAAUUGAGGGGUGAAAGGAGAAGAAGAAGAGGAGGAAGAGGAGGUGGUGUUGGUGGAGGAGGAGGAAGAGGAGGAGGAAGAGGAGGAGAUCUGAGACCACAUAACGCACACCGGGAUUUAAAAACCGAGAGGAUCGCGGGGGAGAACUGGAUUCGCCGCUCCUGCCGCUUCUGCCGCUUCUGCCGCUCCUGCCGCUGAAGGGCGAGGAAACAUGAAGACGCCGCACCGUGCAGCCGCGGCGGGAGCUUAUUAUUACCGGAGGUGAAACGGGAAAAAAUGAACGAGGACACGUGCCCAGACGAUGACAGCUACAUUGUGCGCGUCAAAGCGGUGGUGAUGACCCGAGACGAGUCGAGCGGCGGCUGGUUGGCACAAGAUGGCUGCCUGAGCCGAGUGGGCGUCUGCAGGCUGCUGGCCAGCGAGCUGCUGGGGCGAAACGCCUUCCUCAUCCACGGAGAACGCCUCAAAGACAAGCAGGUGAUUCUGCAGUGUUUCCUGAAGAAGGACCUGGUCUACACGAAGGCCACGCCCACGUUUCACCACUGGUGGGUGGACAACAGGAAGUGUGGGCUGACCUUCCAGAGCCCGUCGGACGCCCGAGCUUUCGACCGCGGGGUGAGGAGAGCGCUGGAGGACCUGACCGAAGGGUCGACCACGUCUUCAUCGACGUUGCAGAAUGAGGCGGAGCUCGGAGAUGACGACGUCUUUACGACGGCCACCGACAGCUCGUCCAACUCGUCCCAGAAGAGAGAGAGAGAGCCGGCCAUGCACUCGCUCGCCCCGCACAACUUCUGCGAGGCGCGUCGACACCAUUGCAUUCUGGGACAUUUCUACGAGCACCACAGGCCCUCGGAUCACUACUUCCUGGAUCAGGCAGUGCACAUGUUCCCUCGUCACGUCAGCUUCCACGUGGAGGAGGAAGAGAUCGUACGCAUCAACCCCCGCGAGAGAACGUGGCUCACCACCGGCUACGAGGAUUACCGCCACGCCAACUCCACGCGGGCCAAAAUCUCACAGCCAGAAAACCUCGACGCCUACGUACAUUUCGCCAAGAGCGAGGCGCCCAAACACGACUAUACCUACCCGUACCCGCUGAGCUGCAACGUGACGAGGGGAUGCACCGGCAAAUCUAACUGCAUGGAGUCGAUCGGGGGUCGAAGGGCGGUGGUGACGCUGCAGCCGAGAGCCCUGCAGCCCAAAGGCAAGCGGAGGAAGGAGGACGGAGAGCGUUCGCGGUGCGUUUACUGUCAGGACAUGUUUAACCACGAGGAUAAUGGACGAGGUCGCUGCCAGGAAGCACCGGACCCCAUCCAGACGUGCAUCCGGAGGGUCAGCUUCAUGUGGUGCGCCGACAGCCUGCUCUACCACUGCAUGUCGGACACGGAGGGGGAUUUCUCCGACCCGUGUUCGUGCGACACAAACGAUGAGAGAUUCUGUUUGCGAUGGACGGCGCUGGUGGGUUUGUCGCUGCUGGCACCCUGCAUGUGCUGCUACGCCCCGCUCAGAGCGUGCUACCGCUGCGGGGUGGCGUGCCGGUGCUGCGGUGGGAAACACAAAGCUGUGGGUUGAGGCGUCUUCUAGUUAACUUUAGUCCAUUUGCCAGCUCAUAGAGUACUGUUGUGAACCUGGACAUGUUGAGUACCCCAAAGUUUUAUGAUGGAAAUGUAUAGUAUGGGUCCGCAGCACAAAGAAACUGCCGGAUGCUAACUUGCAUAUGUUGGGCAACACAACACUGUGGGUUGAGGGCGUGUCACUUUAGUUUAAUUGCCAGCUCAUAGAGAUCUAUUGUGAACCGGAAAUGUUGAGUUCCCCAAAGUUCUAUGAUAGAAAUGUAUACUAUGGGUCCCCAGCACAUAGAAACUGCCGAAUGCUAACUUGCAUAUGUUGGGCAAUUUGCAUAAAUUGCAUUAAUAAGGCUAAUCAGACAAUAGGUUGAGGCAUCUUUUAAUUAACUUUAGUCCAUUUGCCAGCUCAUAGAGUCCUAUUGUGAUGCCCGAAUUGUUGAGUACCGCAAAGUUUUAUGUCAGAAAUGUAUAGUAUGGGUCUCCAGCACAUAGAAAUUGCCCGAUGCUAACUUGCAUAUGUUGGGCAAUUUGCAGAAGUUGCAUUAAUAAGGCUUGCACAAUUAGCAUAAGUUGCAUUAAUAAGGCUAUUCAGACAAAUAGGUUGAACAUGGCUUUGCAGAUUUGGACAAUUUUGGAGUAGUUUUCUGGGUUAUUGAGGAUGUUGAAUGAAUCUAUUUAUGACAUUUUCAGGAUCAUAAAUGGCCAUUUUAACCAGAAAGUGGCCGCAUUUGUACUCCCUGUGGGCUGAUUUUGAUACAUUUUGGGUUGAUUUGAAGAUUCAAGGGGACUGAAAACUGACUUUUCGAUCAUAAAAAUGUCAGUUAUUGCAACUUAUGACAAUUGUACAAAUUGCCCAACUUAUGCAAGUUAGGAUCUGGCCUUUUCUUUGAGCUGGGAGCCAGUACUAAACAUUUCUAACAUAAAACUCUGGGGUACUUUACAUUUCCUGGUUCACACUGCUGGCAAACACACUACUACCCGAUCUGUACCGUAAACCAGAUUUGUUCUAAACAUUUGCUUAGAUUUACGGCGUUGUGGAAAAAUUACAGAGGUUUUUAAAAACCGUUAGUGUCAAUAACAACGUCCAAAACAUACAAUUCUGUACUAGUAAUCUACACAGUAUUUGUAGUAUCUAAAUGUGGUCCAUGUUGUCAUACUAAAAUGUUCUUACAUGUAUAAAAACAGGAUCAUAUAAUUACCAUAAUAUAAUACUGUGAAAAUAUCCAUUCUGCAUAAAUAGCACUUUUACUUUUGAUGCUUGGAGUACAUUUAGCUCAAAAUUGUGCUAACGAUGACUUUUACUUUUGUACUUUAAUUACAAUUGAUGCACUUUUAAGUACAAAUUUGAAAGCAGGACGUUAACUUGCAGAAGAGUAUUUUAGGGCCAUAUAUUGUAUUUAUACUUUAAGGCUCAGAGUACUUCUUCCAACACUUUUCUUUGUUAAUGAAGGACUUAAUUAUUCUAGACAUUCUUUACCAAAACAAGAGAUUAUUUAAAUAAGGACACAGUUAAGUCUUCUAUUUUGUAACCAAUCAAAUCAAAGAUAAUGUUAUUUUAUCUAAAAUCCCAGAAAAAUGUUGUAAAUCGCUUUGACAUUAUUGAGUUAGCAUCAUGGGAAGUAGCGGUAUAUUUGCACAUGCGCAGAAAAAUCUUGUUUUCAGUACAGAUCGAGUAAUGGGAAGGCGUCGUAGGCUCAAGUAACACUGAAAAACUGACACCUUGACUUUAAUUAAAUGUAUUAUGUCAACAAAUGUAACAUAACUGUAUUAGGUUAGUUGAAAGCAAUAAUAUUAAGUUUCAAUCAAAUAUAUUAGGUUCAACUUAAUAUAUUUGCUUUCAACUAACCUAAUACAGUUAUCUGAAAUCUGUCGUUAUAAUACAUUUAAUUAAAGUCAACUUUAAAGGUUUUUUCAGUGCACAGGGACAGCAGCAAAGACUCAUGGGAAAUGGAGGCCGCUGUGAUUUUGUGUUUGUCGUUUGUCUCGUCUCCAAUUUCCAGGAGCAGAAGAACUUUUAUCUCAACAGAUGAAAAAGGAAAGAAAGACUGAACAGAGAAUAUUAAUUUCUAUAUAAAGUUAUAAAUAUAAACAUAAAUAUAUAUCUUUAUAUAGAUAUAUAUUUAUGACAGGUACUUUAUAUUUUUACACUCAUGUGUUUUCAAGGCUUGAAUAUGUCAUUUCUUCAGCGUGGUGUGAGGUCAGUAUGAAUGUUAUUGUGUUUGUUGAAAGGACUGCAGCAAAACCUUCAAACAAUUUAGGGUGCUGACAAAUCAUUUACAAUAAAACAUGGACAGAUCUAGGAUUAGUUUAACAGGUGUUUAUUCAAGUUAGACAAGAACAUGACAAUUAGUUUCAUGUAUGUGUGUUAAAUAUGGAGCUGGACGUUAGCAUAGCUUAGCAUACGGUCUUGAAGCAGAGGGGAAAAGCUAGCCUGCCUCUGUCAAAAGUUAAAAAUCUAUCAUCUACCACUAAAGCUACAAGAAACAUGUUAUAUGUAGGUUAAUCUCUACACAAACAGAAACAUUAAACAGGUCUUAAUUCAAGCUGCAUAAGAAGGUAGAGUUUCAUGUAUCUCUGUUAAAUAUGGAGCUGGAUGUUAGCCUAGCUUAGCAUGAAUUCUUAAUUCAGAGGGAAAAUGCUAGCUUGCCUCUUUCAAAAGUCAAAAAUAACAUAUUCCACUAAAGCUACAGGUGAACAUGUUAUAUCUAGUUAAAUCUGUACACAAACAGAAAUGUAGAAGCAACAGCCAGGCUGCUUCCAGUCUUUAUGCUAAGCUAGGCUAACUGAAUCCUGACUCCAGCCUGCUUAAACGCACCAACAUGACAUUAGUUUCAAUCCUCUCAUCGAAUUCUCGGCGGGAAAGCUAAUGUUUCUCUCUCCAACAUCUUAUUUAUUUUCAAUUUGUUGUGAGCUUACUUGUAUUUUUGUUACAGCAGCUUCUCCUGUAAAGAUGGAUGUUUUAUUUACCUGAAACCUGCUCUGCUCACCUCCCUCUAAAGUUAACAGAUAAACCAGUUUGGCCGACCAGUGAGAUGGAGAUUCCCAGUCUCGAAUAAUUCAGAAAUACUGUAUAUGACAAUUCGCUUUAAGAUAACGUUGUAUUUAAAGGUCACCUAUUAUGCAAAAUCCACUUCUCCAUGUCUCUUCUACAUCAACAUGUGUCCCCUCUUCU